UUCUAAGCUCAGUUGGAGAGAGAGAGAGAGAACCAUGGCUUUCAGCAGAUGGGUUUUUUCUCUAAUAUUUAUCCUUCACUUAUUUCAGACGAUACUCACUUUCUCAAGUUCUUCCUUGACGGCCAAAGAACUUGCUGAAAGUUCUGUGAGUUAUCUAAGCCAUGCCAAAACACCAGAGUUUAUGGAUUGGAUAGUAGGUGUUAGGAGGAAAAUACAUGAGUACCCAGAAAUUGCUUACGAGGAAUUUGAGACCAGUAAGCUUAUCAGAGCUGAGCUUGAUAAGAUGGGCAUCCCUUACAAACACCCAUUUGCAGGUACCGGCGUCGUCGGCUAUGUUGGCACCGGUAAAGCACCGUUCGUCGGGAUUAGAGCAGAUAUGGACGCUCUUCCUAUGCAGGAAAUUGUGGAGUGGGAGCAUAAGAGUAAAGUCCCUGGGAAGAUGCACGCUUGUGGGCACGAUGGUCAUGUUGCCAUGCUUCUUGGUGCAGCUAAAAUCCUUAAUCAGUAUCGUGAUAAUAUUCAGGGAACUGUUGCUCUUUUUUUCCAACCAGCUGAGGAAGGUGGUGCAGGAGCAAAGAAAAUGAUUGAGGAAGGAGCAUUGGAGAACGUUGUUGCUAUCUUUGCACUCCAUGUAUCCACUGAAGUACCCGUUGGUUCAGUAGCUUCCAGGCCUGGCCUUAUUAGGGCUGGGAGUGGCUUCUUUGAGGCAGUAAUAACUGGAAAAGGGGGUCAUGCAGCCAUGCCUCACCAUACAAUUGACCCAAUUUUAGCUGCCUCCAAUGCAGUUGUUGGCUUGCAGCAUCUCGUUUCUCGUGAAACUGAUCCUCUAGAUUCUCAAGUAGUUUCAGUUGCAAAGUUUCAAGGAGGUAGUGCAUUCAAUGUUAUUCCAGAUGCUGUAAAAAUUGGUGGUACAUUCCGAGCUCUUUCAAAUGAAAGGUUUAUGCAACUCAAGCAAAGAAUUGAAGAGGUUAUCAAAGGAGGAGCUGCAGUACAUAGGUGCAGUGCAAAGGUUGAUUUCCUUGAAGACAAGAAGCCCUUCUGUCCAGUGACUGUAAACAAUGAAGACUUGCAUGAGCACUUCUGGAAGGUUGCAGGGGAUAUGAUUGGUGUGCAGAACUUGGAAAUAAUGAAACCUACGAUGGGAGCAGAGGACUUUGCCUUCUUCUCUGAGAUCAUACCUGCAUACAACUUCUUCCUUGGGAUGAAAGAUGAGAAAAAGGGACCUCUUGCAGCUAACCACAACCCUAAUUUCACACUCAAUGAAGAUUCACUUCCUUAUGGUGCAGCACUACAAGCAUCUUUGGCAAUGAGGUACCUUAUUGAGUUCCAACCCAAGUCUCAGUUGGCAGAGGGAAAGGCUCAUAAUGAAUUAUGAGGUGAUUCUUAUAGUAUCAGUGGUUUAUGCAAGCACUGCUCUG